CUGCAGUAAUUGGAGCGCUCUGUCUGGAGACAGGACACCAUGACGAGACACACGAUGUGUUACAGCUGGCGGGGUCCGGGCCCCACCGCCGCCCGGAACGUUUCCCUUCGGCUCAGUCCUCCAGCCGGCCCAAAGAGAGUAGAGCACAGAUCCUCCUCUCAUUGGUCACGACUCCUCUCACGUGACGAAAGCCGUGGCGGUGAUUGGCUGGCGGGCGUAGCCGGUUUCCCUGGCGGGAGGCGUCCGGGUGCCGCUAUGGCGAGCGUGCACGAGAGCCUGUACUUCAACCCGAUGAUGACAAAUGGCGUGGUGCACGCCAACGUGUUCGGCAUCAAGGACUGGGUCACCCCUUACAAGAUGGCGCUGCUGGUGCUCCUCAGCGAGCUGGGCCGCGCUGGCUCGCAGCUCGACCAGCUGGAGCGGCGGCGGCUCAACCGGCUGCUGCUGCCAUUGCUGCAGGGGCCUGACAUGCCGCUGUCGCGACUGCGCAAGGCCAUCGAAGAGUGCUGCCCCAACCUGGCCGGCUCCGUGCACAUCAGGUUAAAGCUCAUAGCUGAAGGAGAACUGAAAGAUAUGGAACAAUUUUUUGAUGACCUUUCAGAUUCAUUCAGUGGAACAGAGCCAGAAGUUCAUAAAACAAGUGUCAUAGGUCUAUUUCUGCGCCAUAUGAUCUUGGCAUACAAUAAGCUUUCUUUUAGUCAGGUCUACAAACUUUACACUGCACUUCAGCAGUACUUUCUAAAUGAUGAGAAAAAAUGUGGAAUUGAUGAGAAUGAUAUGGAGCUGACCAACACAGAGGAACUGGAUGGGAAAAUGGAGAAAGAAGAACUUGAUGUACCUCUAAGGGAAGAAGAGAUAUCUUGCAGUGGGCCUCUUUCCCAGAAACAAGCAGAGUACUUUCUUUCUCAGCAGGCUUCUCUGCUAAAGAAUGAUGAAACAAAGGCACUUACUCCUGGAUCUUUACAGAAGGAAUUGAACAACUUGUUAAAAUUUAAUCCAGACUUUGCUGAAGCACAUUAUUUAAGCUACUUAAAUAGUCUCAGAGUGCACGACGUCUUCAGUUCAACACACAGCCUCCUGCAUUAUUUUGACCGUUUGAUUCUCACCGGAGCAGAAAGCAAAAGCAAUGGGGAUGAAGGUUAUGGCCGGAGUCUGCGAUACGCCGCCCUGAACCUGGCUGCACUGCACUGUCGCUUUGGCCAUUAUCAACAAGCUGAACUUGCACUUCAGGAAGCCAUCCGGAUUGCACAGGAGUCUAAUGAUCAUGUUUGUUUGCAGCACUGCCUGAGCUGGUUACACAUCUCAGAGCAGAAGAUAUUUGAUAGUUGUGUUCUGCUGGAACACUCAGUAAACAAAUCCUUACACUUUGGUUUGCCAUACCUUGCUUCCCUGGGAAUACAGUCCUUGGUUCAGCAAAGAGCUUUUGCAGGAAAGGCUGCCAACAAACUAAUGGAUGCCUUAAAAGAUUCUGAUCUGUUGCACUGGAAACAUAGCUUGUCAGAGCUUAUUGAUAUUAGUAUAGCACAGAAGACUGCAAUUUGGAGAUUAUAUGGCCGCAGCACCAUGGCACUUCAACAAGCCCAAACACUGCUGAGCAUGAACAGCCUGGAGGCUGUGAAUGUGGGUGUGCAGCAGAAUAACACAGAGGCCUUUGCUGUAGUACUGUGUCACCUGGCUGAGCUUCAUGCAGAGCAGGGCUACUUUGCAGCUGCUUCUGAAAUACUGAAACAUCUAAAGGAGAGAUUCCCUCCCAAUAGUCAGCAUGCACAGCUUUGGAUGCUGUUUGAUCAAAAAAUACAGUUUGAAAGAGCCAUGAAUGAUGGCAGAUACCAUAUAGCAGAUUCUCUUGUAGCAGGAAUUACAGCACUUAAUAGCAUUGAAGGAAUGUACAGAAAAGCCAUUGUAUUGAAAGCCCAAAAUCAGAUGUUAGAAGCACACAAGCUUUUGCAGAAAUUGUUGAUCCACUGCCAGGAAAUCAAGAACACCGAGAUAGUGAUUAGUGUGCUGCUGUCAGUAGCAGAGCUCUAUUGGAGAUCUUCAUGUCAUACCAUUGCUUUGCCUGUCCUGCUGCAGGCUCUUGCCUUCUCUCGAGAACACAGUCUGCAAUACUUGGCUUCUGAGACCGUGCUGAACUUGGCUUUCUCCCAGCUGAUCCUUGGCGUUCCUGAACAAGUUCUGAAUAUUUUGCACCUGGCAAUAGAACCUGGCUUGGCCCAUGGAGCUGUGCUAGACAAAGGCUGCGCCAUGUUCUUGGUGGCCAAGUGUCAGGUGGCUUCUACAGCUUCCUACACUCAACAAAAGAAGGCUGAAGCUUUGGAAUCUGCUAUUCUGAAUCUGAACGAAGCUAAGACUUACCUUGCCAAGGUGGACUGCAAAGAGCAGCUCAGAGAUGUUCUUUACUUCCAAGCCCGGCUGUUCCACACCCUAGGCAAGACCCAGGAAAGGAACAAAUGUGCCAUGUUGUUCCGUCAGUUGCACCAGGAACUGCCCGCUCACGGUGUCCCCUUAAUAAAUGCCUUCAAGUGAAGCGUUCAGAGAUGAGACGUGUUUGUUUUCCUCUUUUGUACAAAUGUCUUUUGACUAUAUUUAACCAUCCGUGUUUCAAAGUAAUUGCCAAUAAAUCAUGGUGUUCUGUGGAACAAACUUGUAUCUUGCUCA